CGCGGGGGGGAGGGAGGGAGGGGGAGGGGAUGCUGUCCCGGAAGAAAACGCGCGCCGAGCUCUCCAAACCCGGCGAGGUGCAGGGCAAGUACGUGAUCAAGGAGACGAGCCCUUUGCUCCGCAAUCUGAUGCCUUCAUUCAUCCGUCAUGGUCCAACCAUUCCAAGACGAACAGAUCUCUGCCUUCUGGACCUGGGUUCUUCUGCCUACAACGCGGGUGGGGAUGGAGCAGUUUCCAGAAACCAGAGCUUCCUUCGGACUCCAGUGCAGAGGCCUCCUCACGAGAUAGUGAGGCGGGAAAGCAACAGACUCUCUGCCCCUUCCUACCUUGCCAGGAGCCUGGCCGACGUCCCGCGGGAAUAUGGCGCAUCUUCGCAGUCCUUUUUAACAGAGGCAAACUCUGUAACUGAAAACGGAGAUGUCGGAUCCCGUCACUAUUAUGACCACCACUUUUAUAAUGGUCAGAGGCGGCACCAGCUGGGGGAUCAUGGGCAGGACGAAUAUAGAUACUAUGAACAUAACACUGACCUUGUCCAAAGGAUGUCACAGAAUCAGGGAAGGCAUAAUUCAGGCAUUGGGCGAGUGGCUGCUACAUCAUUAGGAAACUUAACAAACCACAGUUCGGAAGAUUUACCUCUCCCUCCUGGCUGGACUGUGGACUGGACUCUUAGAGGAAGGAAAUACUACAUAGACCAUAACACCAACACAACACACUGGAGUCAUCCACUUGAGCGAGAGGGGCUGCCUCCAGGGUGGGAGCGUGUGGAAUCAGCCGAGUUUGGCGUGUACUACGUCGACCACAUCAAUAAAAGAGCACAGUACAAACACCCCUGUGCCCCCAGCGUUCCCCGUUACGAUCAACCACCUCCGAUGACAUAUCAGCCACAGCCAGCCGAGAGGAGCCAGCCUAUCCUUGUGCCUGCAAAUCCAUACCACACUGCGGAGAUCCCAGAUUGGCUGCAGGUCUAUGCCAGGGCUCCUGUAAAAUACGACCACAUCUUGAAGUGGGAGCUCUUCCAGUUAGCUGACCUGGAUACAUACCAGGGGAUGCUGAAGCUGCUUUUCAUGAAGGAACUGGAGCGGAUAGUGAAGCUGUACGAAGCCUACCGCCAGGCUCUGCUCACCGAGCUGGAGAACCGCAAGCAGAGGCAGCAGUGGUAUGCCCAGCAGCAGCACGGCAAGAACUUCUGAGCUCCUUCCCUUUCGCAGCAGGCUCUGAGCGCCCUUGGAAUCGUAGGGGACUCUCUCUUUUUUU